CCCCGUCACAUCCCAACUGAGCCGGCACCUGCCUCGCCCGGGCUCCCGGCUCUCUGAUCCCCCCCCCCACCCCCCACUGUCAAUUCCAUCCCAGUGUCGACCUCCAUCGCCCUUCCGAGACAGAGGAGCAGCAGCAGCAGCAGGGGAAGGGGGUGGGUGAGGAAGGUGGGAGGGAGAGGCGGGUGGCGGCGGAUCGCCCCACAACAACAACACUUGUUCAUCUGCUGCAAAGGCGCCCAUGACCGUGGCCGUGCGAUCAUCAUGAGCGAGGGACGAGGAGGCGGAGAUCCGGGGCCGACCACCGGCAUCAGCGGCAGCAGCAGCGGCGGCGGCAUCAGCGGCAGCAGCAGCGGCGGCGGCGGCGGCAGAGAUGAAGGGGGAGAUCGGAACGGGGGCCCAGAGGAAGGGGAGCCGGCGUGGAGGGAUGCCGAGAAGCGCUUCCACGCGCUGACGCCGACGCGCAGCCCGCGCACGCCAAAGCCCCAGCACGCCAUCACGAUCGCCGUGUCGUCCCGAUCGCUCUUCGACAUGUCCCUGGAGCGCGACAUCUUCGACUCGCAGGGCGUGGAGGAGUACGUGCGCUACCAGACGGAGCACGAGGAGGAGCCGCUCCCCAAGGGGCCCGCCUUCCCCUUCGUGCAGGCGCUAGAGAACGUGAACGUUCGCUUGCGGGAGCUCUACCCGCAGAGCGACGAGCUCUUCGACAUCCUCCUCAUCUCGCACAACCACGCGCAGGUCGGCGUGCGGUUCAUCAACUCCAUCAACCACUACGGUCUCAACAUCGAGCGCUUCUGCCUGACGGGAGGGAACAGCCCCAUCGGGUACCUGGAGGCCUACAACACCAACCUCUAUCUGUCGGCCGAUGAGGAGAAGGUGCAGGAGGCCCUGGCAGAAGGCAUCGCUGCGGCCACAAUGUUCAGCCCCGGCGCGGGGGUACAGGUGGCGCCCGGGACAAAGCAGCUGCGUGUGGCGUUUGACGGUGACGCGGUGCUCUUCUCGGAUGAGUCGGAGAGGAUCGUCAAGGAGCACGGCCUCGACUCCUUCUUCGAGCAUGAGAAGAAGAACGUCGACCAGCCCCUCUCGCAGGGCCCCUUCAAGGGCUUCGCGGAGGCCCUGGGGCGGAUCCAGCGCAAGUUCUAUGCCAAGGGCGAGCGCCUCACCUGCCCGAUCCGCACGUACUUGGUGACGGCGCGCAGCGCGGCCAGUUCGGGCGGCCGUGCGCUCAAGACCCUGCGCAGCUGGGGCCUGGAGCUGGACGAGGCGCUCUUCCUCGCCGGCGCGCCCAAGGGGCCGCUGCUCGAGAAGAUCCGCCCGCACAUUUUCUUCGACGACCAGAUGUUCCACAUCGAGGGCGCCAAGGAGCACGGCACAGUGGCGGCGCACGUCCCAUUCGGCGUAGCGCAGAGGAGGAGCCGCCAGGCCACCCCACCCCGAGAUCCCGCCUAGGGGUCACGGAUUAGGGUCAGCGGAGCGGGCCCAGUGCUCGUACAUGCUGUGGUUCAGCCUCCACACGGCAGGUCACAACAACUCACUCACCCUCACCCACUCACCCACACACUCACCCAAUCACUCAUUCACCCACCCACUCGCUCACCGACUAACCCACGGACUCACUCACUCACCCACUCACCCACACACUCACCCACUCACCCACCCACUCAAUGCUACACUGACCCACUCACUCACCCACCUACCCACUCACAACACUGCAGGUCACAACGCAUAUCUUUCUGCUUUUUCCCUCGCACUGAUCGACUUUGGAAAUCCCUCCCAACGUCUCUGUCGCCCCAGCUCUUACUUGGUUUAAGAACUUGCUACACUCUCAUCGAUUACAACUUAAAUGGUGCUGGUUGUUGCUGGCCGCUUGACGUGUUGGGCCUUUGGGCCUGCGCUCUCCAACUGUGUAAAAACAAAGAGGCUGGUACUGGGCCAACGAGCUACCAGGCUUGUGCCUGGUAGAGGCCAGUUCUUGGAGUUUGGCUCCAGUUGUGUAUGCUGACUUCAUUCACCCGGCAAAUACGUUGUGCUACUUUAAAUCUGUGAAUGGAUAUGUUUUUUUUUAUGCUUAUUCGUCAAUUUAAAAGUACUGGUGUCAACUUAAGAACAUUUUUAAUUGCACCGCAGUAUAGAAUGUGAUCUGCAACUGUGGGAAGUCCUUUAAAGCUCUCUGCCUUUCUUCCUUCUCUGUCUAUUCCGAAGAAGCGACAUUACCCGAAAAGUUAACAGGGCAGUGAAUAAUGAGGGAUGUGAACUGUGAGGGAUGUGGUGAGUUUGUUUUUGAGAGAAACAGAAAUAACUUUAAUCGUUCUGAUAGCUAUAGGCUUAGUGCGGCUUGGAAGCGUAUUAUUAAAUAAUACAUAUUACAAUUCCUUAUAGGGGAAACACAUGUUACUUAACAGAUUACUAAUGUAGAAUAUAAUCACAAUAACACACAUUACAACUAAUUACUAACCUACAACUCAUUACUAAUCAUAACCAUUGACUGAUUACCAAUCGAUUAUAUAAUUACAAUACCCCCCCUCCGCCUCAAAUCACUGC